CUGGUUUCGGACUCAUUCAAUUCCUCGAACUCGGCGUUUAGCUUCUGGUUGGUGGGAAAAAAAGAACUGGGGAAGAGCUCGGCGACGAUACUCAGCUCUUUUCCCCUCUUCUUGUUCUUCUUCUUGUUCUUGUUCUUCUUCCUUCUUCCCCUUCUUAGAACAACCCCUUUUUCCCUUCCCCUGUUCAUUCCCUCUGCUUUUCCUUAACGGUUUCACGGACUUCCCCCUUUGGCAGAGCUUGAAACUUCAAGAAAUUUCGUUUCUGGGGUUGUGUGCUUUGGUGUCUGUGAAGCGUCACAUUCAUCAAGCUUCUGUUUUCCCCUUACUUUGGAGUACUGACUGUCUUGGGUGGGAGAAAAAGUUGUAUGAGUUUUGCCGGAGACUUUCAACCAGAGCAGAAGGUGAUGAUCCAUAUGGAAGAUGAACAGGAUGGUGAGCUACCAAUUCCAUCUGGUCUUCUAACUGGCAUAAACUUUAGUGUCGCAACUCAGCAAGAUACGGAGAAUAUAGCAGUACUAACAGUUGAUGCAGCCAGCGAGGUAUCUGAUCCUAAGUUGGGACUUCCGAAUCCAUCUUAUCAGUGCACCACAUGUGGUGCUAGCUCCCUAAAAUCUUGUGAAGGACAUUUUGGGGUCAUUAAAUUCCCAUAUACUAUAAUCCAUCCUUAUUUUCUCUCGGAAGUUGCACAAGUGUUGAAUAAAGUUUGUCCAGGGUGUAAAUCUAUCAGGCAGGAACUAUGGGGCAAGGUUGAGGAUCCAACAUCUGAUUAUCAUCGACCUAAAGGUUGCAGAUAUUGUUUUGGAAGUCUAAAGGAUUGGUAUCCGCCUAUGAGGUUUAAGCUUUCUACUACUGAUAUGUUCAGAAAAAGUAUGAUUAUGGUGGAAGUGAAAGAGAAUAUGUCGAAGAAAUAUCAAAAAAAGGUGGCUAAAGGAGGAUUGCCUUCAGAUUAUUGGAAUUUUAUCCCUAAAGAUGAACAACAGGAAGAGAGUUAUUGUAGACCAAACAGGAAAAUCCUAACACAUGCUCAGGUUCAUUACUUGUUGAAAGAUAUUGACCCAAAGUUUCUUAAAAAGUUUGUGCCUGCAACAGAUUCACUGUUUCUGAACUCUUUCCCUGUUACUCCAAACAGUCAUCGUGUGACUGAAUUGACACAUUCAUUUUCAAAUGGACAGCGUCUGAUCUUUGAUGAAAGGACCAGGGCUUACAAGAAGGUGGUUGAUUUUAGAGGGACAGCUAAUGAGUUAGGUUCUCGCAUUCUCGAUUGUCUCAAAAUUUCGAAGCUUAGCCCAGAGAAGUUACAAAGUAAAGAUUUGGUUUACCAGCAAAAGAAAAUAAAGGAUACUGCUACUAGCUCGUAUGGUUUAAGAUGGAUCAAAGAUGUUGUUCUUGGAAAGCGGAGUGACCAUUGUUUCCGCAUGGUUGUUGUUGGUGAUCCAAACAUUGAGUUAAGUGAAAUUGGCAUACCUUGUCAUGUUGCAGAGAGGUUGCAAAUAUCUGAACAUCUGAGUUCCUGGAAUAUGAAGAAAUUAAGUACUUCUUGUUACCUUAAUCUUGUUGUAAAGGGAGAGAUUUUUGUUCGUCGUGAAGGUCGUCUAGUUCGUGUACGUAAUGUUCUUGAACUUAAUAUGGGGGACACUAUAUAUAGGCCCCUAGCUGACGGGGAUGUCGUGCUGGUUAAUCGACCACCAUCCAUACAUCAACAUUCACUUAUUGCUUUAUAUGUCAAGCUUCUUCCGGUCUCCUCAGUUCUUUCCUUAAACCCACUUUGUUGUUCUCCUUUCCGUGGAGAUUUUGAUGGUGACUGCCUUCAUGGUUAUGUUCCUCAAUCACUCGAAGCCCGAGUGGAGGUUAGAGAGUUGGUUUCUCUAGAUAGACAGCUAAUUAAUGGCCAAAGUGGUAGAAAUCUGCUGUCACUUAGUCAUGAUAGUUUAACUGCUGCUCAUUUAAUUAUGGAAGAUGGAGUUUCGUUAAAUGCUUUCCAGAUGCAGCAGUUGCAAAUGCUCGCUUUACAUCAGUUGUUGCCCCCAGCAAUUGUAAAAGCUCCUUUGUUUAGAAAUUGUGCUUGGACUGGUAAACAGUUAUUCAGCAUCCUCCUACCUCCUGAUUUUGAUUAUUCUUCUCCUUCUCACAAUGUUUUUAUUAAAAAUGGAGAAUUAAUAUCUUCGGAAGGAUCUUACUGGCUUCGAGAUAGUGGCAGAAACCUCUUCCAAGCACUAAUAGAACACUGUGAGGGGAAGACCCUUGACUACUUGCACGAUGCUCAAGGGGUUCUUUGUGAAUGGUUAUCAAUGAGGGGGUUGAGCGUUUCAUUGUCGGACUUGUACCUCUCUGUGGAUUCACACUCUCACAAAAACAUGAUGGAUGAUAUCUUUUGUGGGUUACAGGAAGCUGAGGAAACAUGUAAUUUAAAGCAGCUGAUGGUGGAUUCACAUAAAGAUAUCCUUACUGGAAACGAUGAAGAUAAUCAACACAUGUUAUCUAUUGAAAUGGAGCGUUUAAUUUAUGAGAAGCAGAAAUCUGUUGCUCUAAAUCAAGCUUCCGUUGAUGCUUUCAAGAAAGUUUUCCGGGAUAUACAAAAUCUAGUUUACAAGUAUUCUGGUAAAGACAAUUCUCUUCUUACUAUGUUCAAGGCUGGAAGCAAGGGUAAUUUGCUGAAAUUAGUUCAGCAUAGCAUGUGUCUUGGCUUGCAACACUCUUUGGUUUUUCUAUCCUUCAGCCUUCCACAUAAGCUCUCAUGUUCUGCAUGGAACAGUCAGAAGAUGCCUCGUUAUAUUCAGAAGGAUGGUCUUCCUGACCGUACACAGUCUUUCAUACCAUAUGCUGUGGUUGAAAAUUCCUUUCUCUCAGGGCUUAAUCCGUUCGAGUGUUUUGCUCAUUCAGUGACAAAUCGAGAUAGCUCUUUCAGUGACAAUGCUGAAGUUCCUGGGACUUUGACACGAAAACUUACGUUUUUAAUGCGGGAUAUUUAUACUGCAUAUGAUGGAACAGUGAGGAAUGCAUAUGGAAAUCAGCUGGUUCAGUUUUCUUAUGACAUUGAUAGACCUACUAGCGUCUCUAAUGAAUUGGAUAGUGAGAAUAAUAAUAAAGAUCGUGAUAUAGGUGGUCAUCCUGUUGGGUCAUUGGCUGCUUGUGCUAUGUCAGAAGCUGCAUAUAGUGCUUUGGACCAACCAAUUAGUCUACUUGAAGCUUCCCCGUUGCUAAAUCUAAAGAGAGUGCUGGAGUGUGGUUCAAAGAGGAAUAGUACGAAACAAACCUUUUCAUUGUUCUUAUCAGAGAAACUUUCAAAACGAAGUUAUGGAUUUGAGUAUGGAGCGUUAGGAGUUAAGAACCAUUUAGAAAGAGUAAUGUUUAAAGAUAUUGUGUCUACUGUCAUGAUAAUUUUCUCGCCACAGCCCUCGCGGAAAAAGCAUUUUAGUCCUUGGGUUUGCCACUUUCAUGUGUGCAAGGAAAUUUUGAAGAAAAGAAGAUUGAAGAUGAAUUCUGUCAUCCAUUCCCUUAAUAUACGGUGUGACUCUGUGAGACAAGAAGGAAGAAUGAAUUUGCCCUCUUUGCAAAUAAUAUCCCAGGAUUGUCCUCUAGCUGAUUCAGUGAGGGAAGAUGGUGAUACGGUGUGCUUAACUGUUACAAUAGCCGAAAACACAAAGAACUCUUUCCUGCAAUUAGAUUUCAUUCAAGAUUUGCUGAUUCAUUUCCUUCUUGGUACAGUUAUAAGAGGCUUUGCUGAGAUUGACAGGGUAGACAUUGCAUGGAAUGACCGGCCAAAGGUACCAAAACCUCGUUGUAAUCAUGGUGAGCUCUACUUGCGGGUGACCAUGUCUGGAGAAGGAAAUUCAAGAUUUUGGGCAACUCUUGUGAAUAAUUGCCUCCCUGUAAUGGAUUUGAUUGAUUGGUCUCGUAGUCAUCCGGAUAAUACACAUAGUCUCUGUUUGGCAUAUGGAAUAGAUUCUGGAUGGAAGUACUUUCUCAACAGUUUGGUGUCUGCAACGUUGGAUAUUGGUAAAACAAUACGUCUUGAGCAUUUGCUGCUUAUUGCAAAUUCUCUUUCGGCUACAGGAGAGUUUGUUGGCUUAAAUGUGAAAGGACUGUCACAUCAAAGGGAACAUGCUUUGGUCAAAACACCCUUUAUGCAAGCUUGCUUCUCAAGUCCUGGUGCCUGUUUUGUUAAAGCUGCCAAGGCUGGAAGUAAGGACAACCUGUCAGGAAGUUUAGAUGCCUUGGCAUGGGGGAGAAUUCCUUCGUUGGGAACGGGGGGACAGUUCGAUAUCCUAUAUUCUGGGAGGGGGCAUGAGCUUAAUAAGCCUGUCGAUGUUUAUAAUCUACUGGGCGGCCAAAGCACUUGUGAGAAGCAGAAUGCAAAGAUUGGAUCUCUAGAUAAGAACAAUAUAUCUGAAAAAUAUAGUGCUCAGUUAGUGCUUAAAAAUGGCGGUUCUACCAUUAAAGGACUUAAAAAGCUGGAUAAUGUAUCUAAAUCAAUUUUAAGGGAAUUUUUGACACUGAACGAUAUUCAGAAGCUGUCAUUUGCAUUGAGAACCAUUUUACACAAGUAUUCUUUAAAUGAAAGAUUAAAUGAAGUGGACAAAUCAACUUUGAUGAUGGCUUUGUACUUUCAUCCUCAUAGGGAUGAAAAGAUUGGUGUUGGCGCACAAGACAUAAAGGUUCCAGCAAUUAUGGACAGACUUCUCUUCUGAAUUUUUUAGUUCGACAACAUGUGGGGGUGGGGAUUCAAACCUCUAAUGUGUUGGUUAGCGGGGCAUGUCUUAACUAGUUGAACAAUGCUGACGACUUUUCUUUGGAAUUGACAAGGGAGGAGAAAAUUGUUGAAGGAUGACAGAUUUGGGAGUAGGAACUUUGCCCGGUGGAAAAGAAACAUUUUAGAGUAGUCUAAACUAGAUGUAAGCUCCUAUUAUUUUCUGGCACAGCCCACUAUGCAAUUUUUAUUUUCCCUGGGAUCAAUAUCAGAGGUGCGUCUCAGUGACAGGCUCAAAGAGGUUAGAUAGGCUGGAGGCCAAGUUAGCAAGGAGAAGUCAUCUCACUGACUGCCUUUCAAACUGAGAGCUAUCAAGUGUUGUUUAUGUUCACUGAAAGUCCAAGACAUUGUUUGAAGAAUAAGCCACCACUUUGAGCAUUAUUUACUAUAGCCACAAGGUUCCAUGGUGCACUUCACAUCCACAUGAUGAAGAUGAACAUGUCUUGAGGCAACCGAAUGUUGAGUCCCUAAGAGGAGCUUGCGGACACUUGUUCCUUGUCUGUUCCAAUCUAGUGAAGAGCCUCAGCUCCAAUCCUACCCCUCAGUAUUUCAUUUUGGUUCUCGCUAGCUCUUUUUUGUGUAUGUACAAGGAACAUCCCCACAGGGUUUUAACCUCUGACCUUUCAUAGAAUUGGUUGGCUCAGCUAAUUGAACUCGACUUUCGUAACACAUUAGGCUGAACAAGUGUAAAAUUUUAUUGCUAGGAUGGAUUUUAGAAUUAAAAAGAAUACGAGUUCUAGUCAGUCACCUUUAACUUAAGUUCCAUUGUUUUUGACAUAAUUGAAACCACAUGAAUGUUAUUACCUUCUUUUUUGCCAUACAAUCAAGGAAACAUUAAAAUAAAAAAAUCUGAUUGGAUCUGAAUGCACUUAAAGUAGAUAUAUAGAGUAAGAAAUUUAAUUCAUUUAACUCUUUCUUAAAAUGAUCCACAUCAUACUGGAUUCUUCCCCCAACCAAGGACUCAGAUAGAAAAAGGAGACGAGAUUAGAAAUUUAGAAUAAAGUGCAGUUGGUGAAAUAGGUGGCUCACUACAUGUCCAAGCAUCAGACUAGUAUCAGUGACCUAAAGGAGAGUGUAUGAGGUUUAUCCAUGGGUUCAACUUUCAAGCGAGGCAGUAGGGAUCUAGUUGAUUAGCUGAUGAAACUGAGGGAGACAAAUCACAGUCACUUCAAAGUAGUAUUUUAAUUCUUAGAUUUCUGAUUCGAGCCUCCCUUAGAAGCAGGAUCCAGUUGGUCAGCCGAUGGCACUUGCUGGUGGAGACAAAUAUAAUCGUCACUUUGAACUGAAGUGACCAAUUUAAAUUUCAAAUUCUAGCCACCUUAGAAUCAAAUCCCAACCGCCUCAAGAAACUUCCACGACCACACUCACUAUCAUUCUAUUUAAAUUCCCUCCCAAACUUUGAAGUCAGAGGCUAUUCUCUUAUAUCAAUGGUAAUAUGCCCUAUUGUUUAGUGGGAUCCUAUACUUCAAACAACUGAAAUAUGAACUACCAACAUGUUUUUAUCCUUUCCUUGUUAUUUGUGUGGUUUUGUCCUGAACUGUGGCUCAAAAUAUGUAGUUUGUAGUUGAUCUCUGUGGUGUUAUUUUAUUACCUGCUACCUGUUU